AUGGCUAGUACACGUGAGAAAAAUGUUCCGACGCGCCCAGCCCCUGGCGCUCCUGCAUUCGCGAAAUUGAGGAAUUUGAUCGCACCUGACAGCAACGCACGGAGUCCCAGUUCGCGCAGUAGUUUUUAUUCGGAUACGAAUGCAAAGAAGAAUCAAAAGAAACCACCUCCUCGUCCGCCACCACCGAAGUUCAAUCAUGCGAUGCAUCGAAGUGUCUCGUUGGAACGAAAUCUUGCUGCGUUCGUUCCGCAAGCUCAGGGAUAUACCUUUCCACAAAUGCCUGCGUUGAUUCCCCCUCCAGUCUCAGCGAAGCCGAAACUUAAUCAGGAUUUAUCGACCUUGAUCGAUUUGUUCUCUUCACCUCCUCCGUCAUCGUCGUCUUCAUCGCCGACUUUAACUCAUCAUUCCGGCAGUGAUGGCUUUAGUGUUAAUAGUUUGACUAUAGACGAAGAUUUCGAUCCGUUCUCUCCGCGGAGUUUGGCCUCCAAGCAGAAAGACUCCUUCAACAAACUUCGGGAUGAUUCGGCGUUGCACAUCAAACCGGAUUCUGGGCUUCAGCGACAAUACGCCUUGCUUCAGGGAAAGGCUGUGACGCCGCCGAAGACCAAGAAGCCGACCGUGAUCCGGAACAAUCGACCUACGUUAGCUGUGAAACCGCAGUUGCUAACCAGUAUCCCGACUUAUACAUUACCCAGUGAUUUGAAGUGUGAUCGAGAAUCUUCACCUCCGGAACCUAUGAUUCCACCUCCGAAAGCGCCAGAUGUCAAUAUCUUGAGUUCUUGGGAUGACGAGCCUCCUGCUUUGCCCCCAAGAAGACCACAUAGUGAAGAGCCCUUCAACACUGAGGAACCACAUGCGAUUGUGCUUUUCGACUACGAACGGACUCAUCCCGACGAUCUGGGGUGCAUAGCGGGUGAAGUUGUUUACUUGGUGAAUAAAGUCAGUGAAGACUGGUUCACAUGCCGGAAGAGAAACGGAGCUGAAGGGUUGAUACCUGCGAAUUUUCUGGACAUUCUAGAACCUCUGAAGCCCCGAGGCGAGGCUCUAACUGCCUUGUACAGUUUUCCUGGGGAAAUGAAUGGCGAUCUGGCGUUUCCGGAGGGUGCAAUUGUGUUUGCCGAAGCAAGAAUCAACGAUGAAUGGUUAUUCGGCUCCUACGACGGGAAAUCCGGUCAAUUUCCCGUAAACUUUGUUACCGUCGUGACGAACAAUCUUCCUCAACACAGUAGUGGUUUUGCCAUGGAGAAAAUAGCUGUUGGACUUUUUUUGAAGGAAUUCGAUGCGUCGCCUACAAUUGCGGUUGCUGCACCCGGUAGAGUUAAUUUGAUUGGAGAGCACACUGAUUACAAUGGAGGAUUUGUUCUUCCUAUGGCAUUACCACUGAAAACUGUUAUAGUUGGUCGUGUUGUUGAAGGAACAACAUUCACAGUUGUUUCUAAAUCCGUGGAUUCAGAAGAAGCACGAGUUGUUUUCGGUACCGACAAGGAUCACAUCGAACGCGGAUUACCCAAGUGGGCCAACUAUGUGAAGGGUGUUUGCAAGUUCUUCCCUGGAAACCUGAAAGCGGUGGAGGUCUUGAUUUACUCGGACGUUCCACUGGGAGCAGGUCUUUCAAGCAGUGCUGCCUUGGAAGUCGCGACAUGCACGUUUUUGGAGGCCUCCACGGGACACAAAAUGUCUCCGAUUGACAAAGCCUUGUUGUGUCAAAAGGCGGAACACGAAUUCGCUUCCGUCCCGUGCGGAAUAAUGGACCAAUUCAUAUCGUCGCUGGGUGUCGAAAGGAACGCGUUACUCAUUGACUGUCAAUCCCUGAGCACGAAACUCGUUCCUUUGGGGAACGAGGCCAGUGUUUUCAUCUGUGAUUCGAACGUGAAGCAUGACUUGGGUGGAAGCGAGUAUCCGAAGAGAAGUGCGCAGUGUAAAAGAGCUUCCGCGAUUCUCGGCAAAGAAUGUCUGAGGGAUUGUUCGUUGGACGAGUUGGAAGUCAGUCGAGAACUCUUGGAUGAAGAAACAUUCCGCCGGGUUCGACACGUGGUGUCUGAGAUCCAAAGAACCCAGGAUGCCGUGAAGGCCUUGGAAUCCCAGGACUUCGCCACUUUCGGUCGCCUGAUGACUGAAAGUCACGCAUCUUUGCGUGAUGAUUACGAAGUAUCCUGCAAGGAGUUGGACGAAUUGGUGGACCUUGCCCUGGAGGUAGACGGUGUUUACGGGUCGAGAAUGACCGGAGGUGGAUUCGGGGGAUGCACUGUGACAUUGGUGAAAAAGGAGGCUGUGGACGCAUUAAAGAAGCACUUGAACGAAAAAUACAGUGGGAACGCGAGCUUUUAUGUUUGUGAAGCCAGUCGAGGAGCAACGGAAAUCGACAUUCCGGUUCAUCAGUGA